AGGCUGAAGCACAGCCAGCGGUUCCAGCAGCCAUCCCCAAAUCCUUUGUCCUGGUGCUGCUGUGACAGCACUGCUCCUACUGAGCGGAGGAGGUGGUGGGAAAGGGAGAAGGCAGCUGCUGGGAGCAGGAUCAUUCACCAUGGAGGAGAACAGCACAACAAACUUCACCCUGAACAACACAAUUUAUGGAUCUCUGGACUGGGAGGAAUUUAUCACUUCUGAGUGCUUGAGCAUUCCCUGCACCCUGAUUGCCUUUGCAGGGGUGUGCCUGGGGAUUUCUCUCUGUGGGCUGGCAGGGAAUGGGGUGGUCAUGUGGUUCCUGGGCUUCCACACAAAGCAGAGCCCUUUCACUGUCUACAUCCUAAAUCUGGCUGUUGCUGACUUCUCCCUGCUCCUCCUGUUUCUCCUGCUUAUUUUGGCUUUUCUGACCGUAGCAGCAUUUUGCACAUCUUUGUUUCCUUUAAUCCAUCACUAUAGGCAUUUUGUGUUUGUCCUUGGGUUCCCGUGCCACCUGUUUGACCUGAGCAGCCUGGGGCUGCUGGCAGCCCUGAGCGUGGAGCGCUGCAUCUCCGUCCUGUGCCCCAUCUGGUACCGCUGCCACCGCCCCCGGCACCUCUCAGGCGUCAUCAGCGGGGCCCUCUGGGCCCUCGCCGGGGUUUUGGUUUCCUCCCUCUACCUCACUUUUACUGAAGACUCUGACACUGUCCUUGCAGGUGUAGCCCUUGUGAUUUUUCUGAUUUUGUCCUUUGUAAUGUUGGUUUCCAACCUGUUCCUGUUCCUCAAGCUGCGCUGUGGCUCCCGGAGGCGGCAGCCAGGGAAGCUCUUUGUGGCCAUCCUGCUCAAUGUCCUGCUGUUCUUUGCCCUUGGUAUCCCUUUCUGUGUGGAGGUUUUCCUCAACCUCCCUGAUUCUGGUGAUUUAUUCCCAGAAGACCCCUCUUUUUUGCUGGCAUUGCUGAAUUGCACCCUCAACCCAGUGAUUUAUGUGCUGGUUGGGAGCUGCCGGCGGCGCCGCUUCCAGCGCUCCGUCAGAGUGGCUCUGAGGAGAGUGUUUGAGGAGAAAGCUGGGAGUGAGGAGGGGAGCCACGGCCCUGGGGACACUGUGGUGGAGGUAACAGCUCUGUGA